ACCCGUCCCGCCCAGCCGUACUCGCUCGCACGCAAGGGAGAAAGUCAAAACGAGCAGAAAGGAAAAACGAAACCCAUUUUUUCUGUCUUCGUCUCGUGUGUUUGCGUGGACUUUUGCCAAAAAAGAUCGGUGUCUCUGGCUGUGGCAGGAAAGCUCCACCUUUUUGGCUCAACGCAUCCAGGCUGUCCCAGGUGGCCGCGAUUCGGGCCUGCACGGGCUUUGCUGGCAGAAGUGUGUGUGUGCCGUGCCGAUCGAGAGAGGGAGAGUUGAAUAAGCGCCCAGCUCCAGUGGCCAACAGUGUGGAGGAGGCAGUGUGUAAGUGUGGCAAAUCCAAAACAGUUGCAGCAAAACGUCUUAGAAACGCAUCGGCCUUCUUCGAAAGACGCGAUUUUCCAUUCAUGUGAACCUCGCGGUGGAAAAGCAAACGCUUUUCGGUUCGUUCUCCAACUUUAUCAUUUACCGGCGCAUCGAAAUCGCUCACUUCCGCUCAGUGGCAAGUGUCCAACAGUGGCUGCAGCAUACGCCUUCGUCUUACUCUACGAUUUCCGCGUUUAUUUACUUGUGCUUGUGAGUGCGUUUCCGUGCGCGCGUGUGUGUAUGUGAGUGAAAGUGCGCGAAAAGAAACAACGGAUAUUGAGAAAAAGAUCUCGCGGCGUAAUCCUCCACCACAACUACCUGCAAUUCUUCCUGCAGCCCACCCAGUUUUGCCACCCAAGGCUGGCAAAACGCGAACGGAAACGCGGCGAAGAGAGCGAGAGAGCAUUAAUCAUCGUGCGAAAAGUUAGACAACGACGGCUGGCUGUAGGGCCCAAGUGCCAGGAUGAAUGCCUCCGAUCAUGGGUUCAAUCCAGCGUUUAACAUGGCCACGAUACGACAAGCCAUCAACGAAACGAUAGAACGAGUACGGAUCCCGACACCGACCCGCCUGCGCGAUCUCAUCCGACAGAUUCGGGCCGCCCGGACGGCGGCCGAGGAGCGGGCGGUGGUGAACCGCGAGUGCGCCUACAUUCGCAGCACCUUCCGCGAGGAGGACUCGGUCUGGCGGUGUCGCAACAUUGCCAAGCUGCUGUACAUACACAUGCUCGGCUAUCCGGCCCACUUCGGUCAGCUCGAGUGUCUGAAGCUGACGGCCAGCCCGCGGUUCACCGACAAGCGGAUCGGCUAUCUCGGCGCGAUGCUGCUGCUGGACGAGCGGCAGGACGUCCAUCUGCUGAUUACCAACUGUUUGAAGAAUGACCUCAACAGUCCAACACAGUUCGUCGUGGGGCUGGCACUCUGUACGCUCGGUGCGAUCGCGUCGCCGGAAAUGGCCCGGGACUUGGCGGGCGAGGUGGAAAAGCUAAUGCGCUCGCCGAACGCGUACAUCCGGAAAAAGGCCGCCCUGUGCGCGUUCCGCAUCAUCAAGCGGGUGCCGGAGCUGAUGGAAAUCUUUCUUCCGGCGACCCGGUCGCUGCUGAACGAGAAAAAUCACGGAAUUUUAAUCGCUGGCGUCACACUCAUCACGGAGAUGUGCGAAAAGAGUUCCGACACGUUGAAUCACUUCAAAAAGGAUAGUGGAAAUCAAGAGAUUGUGCCGAAUCUGGUGCGAAUCCUGAAAAAUCUGAUACUGGCUGGCUACUCGCCUGAGCACGACGUGAGCGGCGUUAGUGAUCCAUUCCUGCAGGUGAAAAUCUUGCGUCUGCUAAGAAUCCUCGGACACAACGAUCCGGACGCGUCGGAAGCGAUGAACGACAUACUGGCACAGGUGGCAACCAACACGGAGACGAGCAAAAACGUGGGCAACACUAUCCUCUACGAGACGGUGCUUUCCAUUAUGGAUAUCAAAUCCGAAGGUGGCCUUCGUGUGCUGGCGGUUAACAUACUCGGCCGGUUCCUGCUGAACAGCGACAAGAACAUCCGGUACGUCGCGCUGAACACGCUGCUGCGGACGGUGCACGCGGACAUCUCGGCGGUGCAGCGGCACCGCACCACGAUACUGGAGUGCCUGAAGGAUCCGGACGUUUCGAUCAGGCGGCGAGCGAUGGAGCUCUCGUUUGCGCUGAUCAACUCGCAAAACAUACGCGCCAUGUCGAAGGAGCUGCUCGUGUUUCUCGAGAAGGCGGACCCGGAGUUUAAGGCGCAGUGCAGCAGCCGCAUGGUGCACGUGGCGGAGCGGUACGCCACCUCGAUCCGCUGGCGGUUGGACACGCUGCUCAGCGUGCUGAUAGCGGCUGGCAAUUAUGUGCGCGAUGACGUGGUGUCGUCUACGAUUCAUCUCAUUCUCAACAGUCCCCCGGAGGAGCAGGCGUACAUCGGGCUGCGUCUCUGGAGCUCGGUGCACAAUGUGGCCAACUCGGAGGAAAAACAGCCGCUGCUGCAGGUGGCCGUGUGGACGAUCGGAGAGUAUGGCGAUCUGUUGCUCAGCUCGGAAAGAAUCGAAGAUGUUGAAAUCCCUGCAGAACAUCAGCUGGUCGAUAUCUAUCAGCGGCUGCUCUGGUCUACCUCGGUUUCGACGACGACGAAACAGUACGCGCUGGUGUCGCUGGCCAAGCUGAGCACACGCAUCCGCACGAAGGAAGAAGAGACACGCGUGAAGCAAAUGAUCGAAGCGUUCGGUUCCCAUCUGAACAUCGAUCUGCAGCAGCGAGGCGUCGAGUUUGCGCAGCUCUUCCGUGACUACAGCCAUCUGCGGCCGGCGCUGCUCGAGAAGAUGCCGAAGAUACAGAAAACGCUUCCAAAUGGCACGGACGCUGAGGGCGGUGGUUUUGACGAUCAGCAACCCACCAUCGACCUGAUCGAGGGUGGCGAUGAUGGCGACUCCUCCCUGAUGAUCAACACCUCCGGUGGUAUAGUUGGCAAGAUGGGAUCGGAUUCGCGCGCUCUGCUCGAUUUGCUCGGUGGAGGGGACGAUCCGAUCGAUGGGCUGGCCCUGACGCCGACCGCCGAUGUGCUCAUUUCCGGCAGCACAACCGCCACCACGAACGGCAAAUCGGGGGUCGGCGGUGCACCGCUACCCCCCACGACCGGCAACAAUCAGGAUCUGCUCGAUCUGCUCGGCAGUCUCGAUAUGCCGGCCAGCACACCGCCGGCCGCUGUCAAUUCGUCGCUCGGCGCCAGCACACCGGUGCUCGGCGGUAUCGGGCUCGAUUUGAACAGCCUGAAUGACAAUAGCAUCAAGAACGGUACCGGCGGACCGAACCUGCUGGCCAACUCUUCCUCCUUCGGUGGGCUCGACAAUCUGCUAAACUCCAACCUGUCGCCAACGACGAUGCCAACGACGAUGCCGGCGAUGCUGCCGGGGCUGGGCUCGCCGCUCGGCAGUGGACUGGGCAGCCUUGCCAGCCCCACGUCACCGACGGGGCUCGUGAGUACGAACGGCACGACCGGCAGUUUGUUUAGCGAUUUUUCGGCGGCAGUUAUCAACAACAACGAUGAACAUGCCAAACUGCUGACGGCGCUGGAUAAAAAUGGUAUCCUGGUGCAACUGUCCGCGAAGCAUACGGGCGGUGCAUUGCAGAUCCUGAUGACGGCGACCAACAAUUCGCUCACCACCCUCGAGCAGUAUCUUUUCCAAGCGGCCGUUCCGAGAAGCUUCUCCCUGCAGAUGCUCUCCCCAUCGGGCUCUACGUUACCACCCGGUGGAACGAUAACGCAGGAAAUGCGUGUUACUAGCACAGCUAAGGCAACGCUAAGAAUGCGUCUUCGAAUAUCGUACCAGUCGGACGGCAACCCGGUGCAGGAGCAAACCGAGGUAUCCGGCUUCCCGGAGGAACCUACCGAAUGAGACGCAAACGCAAACAACUCCCGGUACACCGAAACGACGGCACCAGCAGCGUUGCAGCAUCCAGCAACGGCACCAACAGCAGCAGCCAAGCCACUGUUGCUACUGCCCGCCGGUGUUUAAUUAAGUAUUCUCUCUCUCCCUCUCUUACUCUCUGCUGUUUCUAUUUGCAAUACGUUUUCCGCACCACAAGCGGGUCCCUUUACUCGCGAAGGGGCUGGGUGUGUGUCUUUCAAUGUCCAAGAGCUUAAUUUAUGUUUAUUUUGUGUUAUUUUUGUUGCGUGAAAAGGUGUCUGACGUCACAGGCACGUCUAUGUACUAGCUUCAAUUGUAUAGAUUUGUAGUAGCUUAUAAAAGAAAGCAAAGGUUUUUAUCUCAUUUUGGACUCAACUCUUCCAUCCAUUGAUUUUAGUUUAGUCGACCCGUAAGCUUUGGUUUUGUUUGUAAUGCAAUGGAUAAUGGGAUGAAGAGAGAAGCGGAGAAGGAGGAAGAGGGAUUAGAUUUACCAUGCUCUGCAAGGAAGCCAUCACUUUCCACUACUACUUCCUCAGGGUGUCGGUCACCCACUUCCUGCUAAAUCGUAAAUCGGGAUCCACUGUUUAGAAAGCAAUUGCAGAACAAAGUGUCAACAAAUCAGUGCGGGGCGAUAAGAAACAUAGGAAGGUUCGCAAAGAGAGAGAGCUAUACUCAAAUGCGGCAGGGAAUGGAAAUUAAUUUGUCUUUCGAUUCACGUCCCCAAUACACCUCUCCAUUCUUUCACUGAGCAAUUGUAUUAUUCCAGGCCAGAAAAAAAAGCUGCUUCGUUUGGGACAUUAUGCUGCCCCGUCCCGGACAGAUAGCUAGUAAUAUAAAGAAGAAUGAUAAAGAAUGGGAGUGAAUGUGUUUCGCAUAAGCGAACGUGUGUUUGGCUUGAAUGUGAUUGUUCUGUUAGCGAGAGUGUGUAAGUGUGUGUGGUGCGAACAUUAUGCAUUAUGCGUUUGUAUAUACCGAUUUUUGCUGUGCAUAAUAAUAGUAGAAAAAAAGGCAUGGAGGGCAGUGUAAAACGCGAUAAUUGUAUCAAACUAAGGAAAGGUUUUACUGCACGGUAUCUUACUAAACUAAUUCUCCACUGCUGAUGCCGCGUGCUCCCUCUGAAUGCUAUGUGUUUGGUAAUGUUGUAGGGGAAGCCAAGUGUAAAAGACAUCAAAACGCCUCUCACAUCAUAGCUUGUACGGUAAUUCAUAACCAGCGCGCUGUUACGCUAACGGAAGAAAACGCGAGAAAAGGAUUGCUCCAACGCGAGUAGCAAAACAAAAAAACGAGGAACUCAUAAGCUUUAGAGGAGGGGGCAAAGGAAGAGAUAAGAUAUAUGGAAACUGGAAAGAGUUAACGUAGGCAAUACUUUGAACACUUUUAGGGAAACAUAUACAAUAGUAUAAAAAUAUCAACCACACAACACCGCACUCCAGUCAACCAACCAAGCAACCAACACAAUAUACAUCUACUUAUAGGAACCCGCUACUAAAACAAGUGCAAGUGAAAUUAAGCAUGAAACACUUACAAAAAAACAUAUUAAUGUGUGGCUCAAGCAGGUGUGUAGUGUCGCGCGCGUUACAAGAAUGUUUGGAAGCAUUUGAUUGUUGAUCGUGUUGUAAAACGCAUUCGUAUUCUUGAUAAUGGACCCUAGAUGAUGAUGAUGAUGAUGGUGACCCGCCGGAUGGUACUAGUUAAGGUGGUGUGUAUGUGAAUGUGUCCCCAUAAAUCAAGAAGAAGCUGUGUUUCUGUGUAGUGUGUAAUUAACAAGUCGAACGCGUACACCCUUCCCCGAUCAAGUGAUCUUCCCCGUCACAACACAACUGACUCUGAUACUCCCCCGUUCCUAGUGCGCUAAAGAGAGGAUCCCAUCCUUAAAGAGCAAAGAAAGAGAGAAAGAGAGAAGAAUGAAAAUGGGGUAGGCAAAAAAGCGAAAGAGAUUGUUCCCUGGUGCGCGGUGAUGAGUGUGAGAUCAGCUCAAAAAAGGUAGAAAUAUGAAGAAGAAAAUAGUGUGGCCACGCCACCGGAUCUGGUGUUUUCCGUCCAAUCGAAAUGAGAAACCCCGAGCAAAAAGCAAAGUGGAGAAUUACAGGCGGAAUAGUGACGUUUAUUAGCGCAAGAUAGAAGCAAAUUGGGAAGACACGGACGCGCAUGAAUACAUAUUUACAACACCGUACACAGUAGCAAUGGUAUGUGUUAAAACUUCCCUUUCUUUUUCCCUUCUCAACUUACUACUUUUUGUGUGUAAGACUUUUUGCUUUUGCAGAAUAUAACCUAGUAAGCGCUGGAAUUUGUGUUAUUAUUUAGUUUGGUUUUCCUCUUUCUAUGUGAUGUUUUGUAUGGUUUCACCUUUCAUCUUUCUAAUUAUCUUUGUAGUAAUUACAUUUUUGUUUGCGCUUUUUCUAUUUUUUUUUAUUGAUUUUUUUUUGAAAAUUCUCAUCCAAUGAGUUAGUGGUAAAAGUGAUAGUACUUAAAAAUUGUAUCAAACUAUGGAAAAUGGUCAAGUUGAAACACGACGAUGGUACGAUGAGCAGAAAGAGCAAUAAGAAAGUAGAGCGCAAACAGUGUGUGGUUGUACCGUUGUGCAAAGAAACUCUUGUAAGAGACGAGAAAAGACACAGGACAACAAUGGGGAAUGAAAAGAGGAAAAGCUAAUACAAUUAAAAUAGAGAGUGGUUGUAAGAAAUGGAAACUACUUAAUAAUACCCUCCCUCAACACACACAGCCACCCGUAUCAUAAUGUAGCUAUAUAUUAUUAUUCGGAUAAAUAAAUUAAACGAGAGUAACACAUGUUAACUGGCUGCUGCAAAGAGGCGAAUGAAAAAGAGCAAACAAGUGAGAAUAGAAGAAAAAAAAAACAAACAAUUCUCUUCACACCCCCGAGAGGCGAUCGCUUAUAUUUUUCUCCCAUUUGCACAACGUAUUGUUGUGCCACAUUCGUAUGGCGGCAGUAAAAGAAAGGAAAAUAUACUAUUAACAAUAAUUAUAAUAUCCCCAGAAUGCUGAAGGCAGUAGGAGAGCGAGAGAGAGAGAGAGCAAGCGAACUGAAAGGCAAAAGAAAAGAGGAUAAAGGAAAAUUAUAAAUAAAUGUACGAUACAUUAUUGUA